UCCAAGCCGAAACCUUGCGCUGCAUUCCCUGCCUGUCUGCCUCUCUGCUGCGUCGGCGGUCGCAGUGGAGCUCAGCAGCCUCCCCCGCAGUCCAUCCACCAAGCGUAAAAAAAACAGCGCUAAAACCAAAUCCGCACCGCCUGCAGUGUGCUGCACCACCAGCGUCUCAAUGGGUGCCUCCUCUUCCGGGUCCCCUCCCCCUCUUACGCUUUUCUCCUCCUGCGCCCAUUGCUCUCUUCUUCCCUCCUCCGCUUUGCUUUCCAUUGCCGAGCCUCGUCCAAUUCCAUCCAUCGCAACCCAUCGCCUGGUCGGAAUCAAAAUCACGCCCAUUCGAAUUCGCAAUCUAGUCGUUUCUUGCGCUUCCAGCACUCGUGCACCGCCGUUGUUGCUGGGCAAUUAGCAUAGCUUCCAAGUCGCAACCGGAGCUUGCCUCUCGCACCCACCCCUCGUCUCCAGCAAUAGCAGCCCCUCCGAAUCCGAACGCCCAUUCCCGGUUUAAUCCACCAUCACUGCGGCCAUCGUUGAAUAAUCAUUAAUUAAAUCGUGGUAUUUUUUUCUUUUCCUCUUGGAAGAAGAGAAAAACAACAGAUCCUUUCUCUAGGCGCGAUAUUCCGUAGGACUGCCCUAUGCCUAUGCCAAGUCUUGGAUUUCUUAAGAAGAAGCGGACGAGGGACGGCAAUUCAGAUCCGUCUUCUUCCAACCCCACCAGCCCCGUCACCUCGAAGCCCUUUGAUACUUCUUCACAACCCCGAACUCUCUCUGGACUUGGUCAGGCAGGAGCCGCUGCGCCUUCCCAGUCUGGCCAGAGCCAAUCCGAUUCCAACCCAGCGGUACCUAUCGCGCAGCAACAGCAACAGCAAGCUCCUCAGCAACCGCCCAUCCAGGGACAAGAGCAGCAGCAGCAACCACCACCACAACAGCAACAGCAGAUAGACGGUCAGAUGAACCCCCAAUUUGUCCAAGGCACUGCCUAUGCUGCAGCUCCUGGAGUGCAGGACCCGCAGAAUCUCCCAACCAUCAGUAACCUCAUGAACCCUCAAAGCGAUGGCUCGGCGAACCACUACUCUACAUCACCCUACCCUGCCGUCAUGAGCAACUCCAACCCGCACACUGCCAGCGCUAGCCCAGGAACCGACCCCGAACUUCUCAAGCAACAACAGCAGCAGGCUCAUCCUGUGCCCGCCAUGCAGCCCCAGCAUCAACAACAUCUCCAGGCUGAUACCCACAUGCAACAGCAGCACCACAUGCAGCAGCAACAGAUGGCCCAAGCCCGCGUCACAAAGGGCAAAUAUUCCCUGGGCGACUUUGAAAUCUUGCGAACUCUUGGAACCGGUAGUUUUGGCCGAGUUCAUUUGGUUCAGUCUAGACACAACCAGCGAUUCUACGCCAUCAAGGUUUUGAAAAAGGCUCAGGUAGUCAAGAUGAAGCAGGUUGAGCACACUAACGACGAGCGUCGUAUGCUCAGCGAUGUCAAGCAUCCUUUCCUCGUUACCCUCUGGGGAACCUUCCAAGACUGGAAGAACCUGUACAUGGUCAUGGACUUUGUCGAAGGUGGAGAGCUCUUCUCGCUGCUCAGAAAAUCUGGCCGUUUCCCUAACCCGGUUGCUAAAUUCUAUGCUGCCGAAGCCACCUUAGCUCUCGAGUACUUGCACUCCAAGAACAUUAUUUACAGAGACUUGAAGCCGGAGAACCUGCUCCUGGACCGCCACGGCCAUCUCAAGAUUACUGACUUUGGCUUUGCCAAACUUGUGCCUGACAAGACUUGGACUCUCUGCGGCACCCCCGAUUAUCUUGCUCCAGAAGUAGUCUCAAACAAAGGUUACAACAAGUCGGUCGAUUGGUGGUCAUUAGGCAUUCUCAUCUACGAAAUGCUGUGCGGCUACACGCCAUUCUGGGACAGUGGCUCUCCUAUGAGAAUAUAUGAAAACAUCCUCAAAGGCAAAGUCAAGUACCCGGCGUACGUCAACCCCGAUGCGCAAAAUCUUUUGGAGCGCUUGAUCACGGCCGACCUCACCAAACGCCUAGGCAACUUGUAUGGAGGCCCUCAGGAUGUCAAGAACCACCCUUGGUUCGCUGAAGUCACCUGGGACCGUCUCGCGCGCAAGGAUAUUGAUGCGCCAUACACGCCACCAGUCAAGGCAGGAACAGGCGAUGCGAGCCAGUUUGACAGAUACCCCGAGGACCCCGAGAAAUACGGAGGCUCCGGUGGCCACGACGAGUUCGGCCACUUGUUUACAGACUUUUAAAAAAACACACAAAUCCACACACCGAAACGCCAUAGCCCUGGAUUCGCCCUUUUUUUUACUUUGCUUGAUGUUUUUGUUCAAUUUGGAGCUGGGAGACUAAGAUGAGCAUUCGAUGAGGUCAAUGGGAUGCGAAAUGGAUGACGAGAACUAUGCCGGAUUGGACGCUAUUCCUUUUGUUAUACUUAUGGCUGCCAUUUGGCAUCUAGUCACUUGGCCCGUCUUUUGCGCAUGUGCUAAGUGGUUGAAGCUUGUACGAGUCUGGCUCGUUGCAUUGUCCUGAAAUGAUACAAUCAGAUACUAUUCUUGUAUAGCCACAGUAGUGAUAUGAAUCAAUGCGUUAUCAGUCAAUCGCCCUACCACUGCGGUACGAACAUGUAUCUAAUUGUAUUUUCUUGUUUGAUCAAUUGACGCUGCCUUGCAAAAUAUCCGC